CCCGCCGCCGCCUCUCUUCCGGGACGAGCCACCAGCCCAGCCUCUCAAGAUGGCCUAUGUCCCUGCACCUGGCUACCAGCCCACUUACAAUCCGACUCUGCCCUACAACAAGCCCAUCCCGGGCGGUCUCAGUGUGGGAAUGUCUGUGUACAUCCAAGGAGUGGCCGCUGAGCACAUGAAGAGGUUCUACGUGAACUUCGUGGCAGGGCCGUACGUGGGAGCAGACAUUGCCUUGCACUUCAAUCCCCGCUUUGAUGGCUGGGACAAGGUGGUCUUCAACUCGCAGCAGGGCGGCAAGUGGGGCAGCGAGGAGAAGAAAAGGAGCAUGCCCUUCCGCAAGGGCGCGGCCUUCGAGCUGGUGUUCAUGGUCCUGGCGGAGCACUACAAGGUGGUGGUAAAUGGAAAUCCCUUCUACCAGUUUGGGCACCGGCUCCCUCUACAGAUGGUCACACACCUGCAAGUGGACGGGGACCUGGAGCUUCAAUCCAUCAACUUCAUUGGCGGCAACCCGCCUCCCGGCCAGGGUCCUGGAUAUACGCACCAACAGCCAAGUCAGCUGCCUACCAUGGAAGGACCGCCAAUCUUCAACCCGCCUGUGCCAUUUAGGAAGAACUUGCAAGGAGGGCUUACAGCCCGAAGAACCAUCAUAAUCAAGGGUUCCAUACCCCCCAUGGGCAAGAGCUUUGUCAUCAACUUCAUGGUGGGAUCCUCAGGGGACCUGGCUCUGCACAUUAACCCUCGCCUGACUGAGGGUCUCGUGGUUCGGAACAGCUGUCUGAACGGUUCCUGGGGAUCCGAAGACAAGAAGAUCUCCUACAACCCCUUUGGUCCUGGGCAAUUCUUUGAUCUGUCCAUCCGCUGUGGCCUGGAUCGUUUCAAGGUUUAUGCCAAUGGCCAGCACCUCUUCGACUUUUCCCAUCGCCUUUCAGCCUUCCAGAAUGUGGACGUGCUGGAGAUCAAGGGUGACAUCACCUUGUCCUAUGUCCAAGUCUGAUCUAUUCUCCGGGGCCAUAACCCUUGGGAACACAGAGGAAAAGAUCCCACAGGACUCCCUUCUAAGCCCCUAAUAAAAUGCCUGUGGGUGUCUCAUGAGUGUCCAUGACUCCAUUCACCUCCCUCACUGUUCCUUGCUUCCUUGAUUCAAUGAUACACCGUCCAUUCAUCCAUCUCAACAUCCAUCAGUCUUUCCAAACAUCCAUCCAUCUAAACAUCCAACCAGGGGCACCUGGCCAGCUUGGUUGGUGGAGCAUGCAACCCUUGAUCUCAUGGUUGUGAA